GUGGGACGCGAUCGGGACAGUCCUCCGUCACCUGGCGUUAUAUGUCAAACUAUAAACGGGGGGAAAAUAUUAAAAAGCAAAAACAAGAAAUCAUAAUUAAAAACAAGGAGCAGAAGUCGCUUUGCACGUAGCUGGUUGAGCACAUUUACAGGAGAAGUGGACUGGAAGACUUUUUCAACAGUUUCACUUUGCCUUCUGCCAAGUCACACUGGGGGGCUGCAAGCUGCACGUCGGGGGGCGUGAGCCGCGGAUUUCUUUUGGUGAGUUUCGGGCAGUCCGGUUUGACGUCUGGCAAACUCUUCUGGAAAUUAUAAAGCGACGCCGAAGCUGAAAUAUCUCAAGAUAAGUUUGGAAAAAUAGUCUGUACGAAGCAACAAUUAGGAAAUAACAUCAAAUGUCGGGACUGGCUGCCGGCGAAACAAAUGGGAGAAAGUACAUGGAAGAAAAUCUCGGAUCUGCCGCGUUUUAAAAAUAAGCUCCCUCCCAUCGAUCAGCCCCGCUUGGUGGAGGAUAAGAGGGGCUUGUAAAUAUAUUGGGUUUGUGAGAAAGUCGAUUUGAUCUUAUUAUUAUUAUACUUGUUCUUGCCGACAUUAUAUGUACCUGGGUAGGUGCAUGUUCAUUGGAGACAGAAGAAAAACCAGCAUAGAGCUGACCGUGAACUACAUCACAGUUAAAGUCGCGCAGAAAACGUGAGCUGGAAUUGUCCCUGAGGUUUUACGUGUGUACUAAUGAGGGGCCUGAAAAUGUGAACGUCCUGAGUGCUGCAGCCACCAUGCCCCCGGUGGCCACCUGGUUUGUGGCCGGGUUACCCCCCCAGCUGAGCGUGGCUGCAGUGAAGGGCAGCGGAGCCCCAGCGUCGUCCUGCUGUCUGAUUGUGUCCCGGUGCUGACAGGGGAGGGGAGGAAGGACGCAGGGAGAGGACAUGGGCAACUCGUCUAAGAAGGAGGCCGCGGAAGGGGGAGAGGGUGGUGCGGUGGAAGAGGAGAUGGGUGGAGGAGGUGAGGAGGCAGUAGAGGAGGGGGCAGAGGAAGAGGCAGAGGAGGAGGCAGUGGUAAAAAAGAUAGAGGAUGAUGAGCCACACUGGGACCUGGAACUGCCGCCACGAGUAGAGGAUAAUAUUGAAUCGGAGGUACCAUUCCUGGACCUGAGCUACAUUAGAAUGACCAACCUGCCAACUCGCAUCUGCUCGCUAACAUACCUGGAGAAGCUGUUCCUAGGUAAUAACUGCCUGCAGACUUUGCCGAAGAGCCUGGCCCAGCUGCAAGGAUUACGCCUGCUGGCGCUCGAUCAGAACAAAAUGGAUGAUCUGCCAGUGGUCGUGUGCGAGCUGGUCAAUCUCACCCACCUCUACGUGAGCAACAACAAACUCAUGACCUUGCCUGUGGAGAUGGUCAACCUGCAGAACCUGCGCUGCCUCUGGUUGGAUGGUAACUACUUCCUGAAUUUCCCCCGGCUCCUCCUGAAAUUGCCCAACCUUAGCUCACUGCAGCUGGGAGACAAUAUGAUAAGGGAUCUGCCCAACAAUCUGUGGCGCAUGGAACGGCUACGGGGCCUCUUUCUCUAUGGCAACCGCUUCAGCAAGUUCCCGAAAGUGCUGACGCGCAUGGAGUACCUGGAAUCACUGGACAUGGACCAUAAUAAGAUGAACUCUUUGCCCGACCUAGACCACCUGCCUGCCCUGCACAUGUUCUCCUACGAUCAAAAUCCUGUCAAGGUCCCCCCUAAAGUGCGUGAAGGGGUGGUGCUGGUGGGAGCGGGGGCAGGUGAUCUCAGGGAUGCAAGGAAACGGAAGUUGGAAAAAGAGAGAAAGGCUGCUGGAGUGGAAGCCAUGAAACAGGCCGAAAUAAAAGCCAAGAUGUUCCUCAAGAUAAGGCUCAAAGGGCCACCAAAGCUGUCCACCUUGGCACCAGAGCAGGAGCCAGAGCAGGAGCUGGAGCAGGAGCCGGUCAUACACGGAAUCCUGAAAAAUUCCACCUCCUCUGACCGGCGAAGCAAUGGCAUAACUGAUGGGAUGGUGGAAGGGGUGGGGCUAGAUGGAGGAGAAGGGCCAAUGGAUUAUCAGGGGGAGGGGGAGCAGGAGGAGUUACUAUAUGAUGAGGGUGGCAGGGAAUAAGCAUGAGCAAGAGCUGUUAGCGAAUCGGGGUUUGACUUGGCAAACAAGGCUGGAGAACCUGAGACGAGCUAUUGAGGGACUUAAAUCCCCCCCCAACCUCCGGGGAUGAUAAAAGGCCCAAAGCAUCAAAUUACAAAAUCACGACAAAACAUAAUGCCAAGCAAAGCUAUUUGUUUAUCAUUAUUGACAUAAUUAUUUUUGGUUUGGUUUUCUGGAGUUCAGUUGUCACUUGGAUAUGGACAUGGUGAUGGUCAUUAUCACCGGGAAGCCCAGUUAAGGAUGCAACUCCUUCCUGGGACCCGAGCGGAUGCUGGGAGAGCUGCAUUUCUUAUAUCUGGAGGAUUUGACCGCUAUUUAUUUAGCAUAGAUGUGAAUAUGCACACGUUGCACACAUUACAGAUGUGGGAGAGUUGGGAGUGAAGGCCAGGACUUGUAAUAGAAUGCCAGAGAUGUGCAAGUGUGUGUUUGUGUGCAUGGUAUAACAUAGACAUAGGCUUGAUGCUGUCAAUGGUUUGUGCAGAUCUCUGCAUGUAUGUCACCUGAAGCUCCUUUGCAUUCCUGUCCACUUCCCCACUUCCUCCCAAUGUGCUGAGGGUACAGCCGCUUCUGCCUCUGAGGAAGCUGGGACAGUGGCGGUCACUCUCCAAAGACAGCCCCCCCUUUUGCACCACGUAACCACAGCCAUCAGAACGCUGAGAAUUGUUCUUUACUACUCACAAACAAUUCGCUUGGCCCUUCAUUUCUGAACCAGUGUCCAGUUACCUGUCCUCUGGCCUUCCUUCACGUGCUGCUGAAUCUCUUUAGACUCACGUCAGCCUGCACUUUCCCAUUCUGUCUCCACUGCUUAUAGCUGUAUCCAGAACCUUCCAUGAACCAAAAGGCUGAAGACAUCAGUAUCUACAGGAUGUCAGCAGCCACUGCACCUAUAGGAGUCUAUGAUCAGUGCUGACUGUGUGUCCAGUGGCACCUGCCACCAAGAACCACACAGUGCAAGUAAUACUGGUGAAUAUUCAGAGAUGAUUUUGCUAGUAGACAAAGAUUAAAUCACUUUCCCUUUUCCCACACAGAUUAACAACUCUGACAUAACACCUUGAAUUAUUUUAUCAACUGAUAUAAAUACCGCUACACUCCCUGUUGGUAUUUUGUUAAUGGACAUAAAUAUUAUCGGUGGUGAAUAUGUGUUCCAUUGUUGGCACACAUUUUAAACUGUAAAUUACACUGUUAUGAGCCCCAUGUAACAACGCAAAGCAAGCAUAAAAUGUAAAUUAAAUUCAAUCUCCGUGAUUUUUCACAUCAGUGAAGAAAAUCAAUUUUGUGUUUUAUUGUCAAAAUUAGGCAAAGGAGUGUAGCUCAAGGGUGGUGUUCAGUAAUUAGUGACUAGUGCAAGGGUGAGUGCUCCCCCUUCUGGUUUCUUCUGAAAAUGUCCUUGUCCUGUACUUCCCACAGGAAGUACAGAACAAAAUUAUGACACACUUUUGGGGAAAAUGAAUGGAGAGUAGAAUUAGGGUAUACCAGAGAUAGAAUCAUGAAGUCUUUGCUGUUCUUUGUCAUUGGUUGAGCAGUGUUCUUAGGGAUCUUGCAGGGAUUUUAAACAUGGAACUAGUGAUCUGUAUAAAUCUUAGGGUUGGUUUGUAGAGUCAGUGGCCUGUGUGGAUCUUCAAGCUAUUUUUUUGUGAGUUAGUGAUAUGUGUGAUUUGUAGAGCUUUAUUAAACUGCUAAAAUGGGUAUAA